AUGGAGCAAACUGCACAGAUAAGAGAAGCCUUACUUGAUUUGGCAGAAUCUAACGAAGAUCCUAAAGUGAAAAGUGAAGCCGAGUCGUUGUUGCAUGCAGUCAAUAUUGUGAGUAAAUUUCUUCAAACUGAAUCCAUGGAUAUUGAUCAUGCUAUCGAUCUAUUGCAAGGACUUGUUUUAUUUUUUGAAGAUUAUAGAGAAAUCGGAUUUGCCGUUGCUAUGGAUGAAGCAACAAAAAAGGCAAAUGAAAUGGGAAUUGAAGCUGUAUUUACAGAAAAACGCAUAAUUCGAAGGAAAAAACAUUUUGAUGAAAGCGGUAGUGAUGAGGUAAAGCAAUCGGCAGAAGAAUCUUUUAGAGUUGAGUUAAGGGAUGCAACUUUAUCAAGUUUGUUGAACUCUUGUAUGAAUCUUGAGAAAUAUCUUGAACAUGAUGGGCGUUCGGACAUCAGUGGAGAUGAUUUAUGUUCGGAGUUACAAGUCUUGAAGAUUUAUUUACCAAAUGAAACAACAAGAGCAAUUGAAGUGCUGCAAUAUUUGAAGACUCACAAUAUUUGUUAUCCAAAUGCUUAUAUUGCUUACAAAAUUUUGUUAACCAUACCGGUUACAGUUGCAUCUGCGGAAAGAAGCUUCUCAAAAUUGAAAAAGUCUCGCAUCCAUCGGACCUCUAUCUUCAUUUCUGAUAUAAAUUCAAACCUGAAUGUACCAACGGAAAGACAAUCGUUGGGCGCUUUUGAGGCCCUGAAAAUUCUCCGGCGGUCAUGUGAAUGUGGAAUUAUUAUUUCUGAGAAGCUUUGA